AUGCUACAUGGCAGGAUGUCGCGAGGCGCUGCGUUGCCCGGCAUGGAAUUCUGGGGGGCGUCGAUAGAGGCCGACGGCCUCGACGUGGCGGCCGGCGCGCAGGGGGAUGGGCGCGGUGUGCUGUCGACGGUGCACAUCACCAACGUGGCCCUUGGAGACAGACUCGCGUUCGCGAAGGAGCUCCCCGUGACGGUUUAUCUCGAAACACGCGACGGCGCGCGCCACACCCUCGGCACGCUGGAGCCGGGCAAGUGCGAGCAAUUCCAGGUGGACAUCACGGUCCCAACUGCCUUCCGGCUCUCCCACACGGGGCGCGGCUUCGUGUCCGUCACCGGCGUCAAGACCACCACCGUGCUCAGUGAGCCCCCGGGCGCGCCGCCGGCGCACCGCGAGAUCGCGCAGGACCGCACGGCGGAGUGCAGCUGGUCGCCGGUGCUGGACGCGCGCGCGCCCGCCGGCAAACGAGCCCAGCGGUGUUCGGGGGACGCAGAGUCGAGCGAUUGGGAGAUAUGGGGCAUUCGGCCGGUCGACGACAAGGAGACGGGGGGCGCGGACACGUCGCACACCGCGCAGAAGGUCCCGGCGCACGGCGCGUGA